AUGAAAGAAUGUCUUGUUGGUGAGGUUACUCCAGGCAUGAAAGCAUCAGAUCACGAUUAUUGUGGACCAUCAACCUACAGUCAAGUAUCUUCAGCUUCAGCGUUUACUUUGUUUGUCAAUAACGGCGGAUUGCGUAUACCAUCAAAGUCUGUUUACACUACAAUCGAACAUUGUGAACAUAUCUUCAAGCUGUAUGUCUGCCAGAAAGGCAACGGCAUCAACAACAUGAAAAACCUAAAAUCCAAAAUGAUUCUGGAAGUUUGUCAUAAUUUUCUCCUGGACGGCAACAAAUCUGUGUUUGCAGACCACGAGCUAGGUGCAAACGAAGAUAUGGUCGAAGAUGACCACCAGGUAAAGCUCAUCAAGUGGACAGCAGACAAAUAUUUUACAUUGCGUCUCUUCACGUACGGAAAGCACUACAGCGAGACAGUCAUACAAAAUGGAAUGCCCAGUGACAGGCAUCAUUUAAACAAGUUGAUCUUGUUCAAAAAUCAAUAGUUAUAACAAAUAAGAGUAAAAUAAUAUAAUACUUAUCUUUUAAUUAAUGAUUCGUUGGCCUGAGUCCACAAAUAUAGCCGAAACUGAACCAAUUCUUUGCUGUUGGAACGUUUGACUUUUCAGUCAGUAAAACAGUAUAAAAGCAAAACGAUGUUCUCGAUAAAAUAACUUUAAUACUCGAUUUAUUGUGUCUUAUUAUCAACAAAUAUACUUUUUAUUAGAAUUGCUGUUAAAAGAGUUCAAAAAUCUUACGUAUUUCAAGUAAAAACCCCGAAAUUUCUUGGUCUUUGAAUCCACACUUGUGAAAAUAUUUUUAACACGCUUUCGGGCUUCGGCUUGCUCCGAACCUCGUGACAAGCCCACGCAAAAAUCACGCGUGUUUUAUACCUACAGACGAACGAGCUUCAAUUUCCGCCAUCUUGGCUUCAGGCAAGUAUGGGCAUUUUUAUCAGUAGUUAUCGUUCCAGUAUAUAGUAGAGUCACUGAGUAGAGUUCACUGUGUCAUCCUCGUUCCCAGGGCUUCUCGGCUGCCUCAACGCAGGCAGCCGAGAAGCCCUGGGAACGAGGGUGGAAUGAUGUAAUCAAAACAAACGUAUUCGCGGAAAAUGAAAAUAUUGGAUUCUGAUUGGAUAAUUGUCGCUCGCACAUGCCUAAAUACUAGAUUGUUAUGUAUAUAAAUAAAGCUAGUUUACAGCAGCAAAAAUCACAAUAAAUACACUUUUGAUGCUUUUAAAUCAUAAAUAAUCAUAUUAUAAUGACUUAUUUUAGCUUUUGAUUUCAUAUAAAGGAAAAUAAACCGAUCGAAAAUACAAAAUAACAGCAUUUCGCGUAUUGACAUUUUUCACAGUGAUUUGUAUGCAUUAACUCUGGCACGCAAAUUUACUUUCGUAUAGUGAGCACAUAGUUGUGUGCACAUAAUAGAUGGAAAUUCCGAAAAUACCCUUCGAUUGUGCAUGAAAUUCUGUAUCAACAGCCCUAGUUUUCCUUUUUCAUUAAAAAAUUGAACCGAGAUAUUCGCCCUUUAAUACUCUAAAACUCGAGUCUUUACCCUACUAUAGGAAUUUGUGUACUAUAGAGUAGAUGGAAAAUCGGAGAACAUCAUUGAAUUCGCCAUAAAAAUCAGCAUCUUUUCAUAGUAAAUAUCUCUAGUCAAUUUAAUAGAGAAAACUUUUUAUUGCGUGUUUACCACCCAGCUGACUAACCAUUUUACUAAUUCAUUAUUAGCAUAAGAUAACGAAGAUAACCACGGAUGUCCCCAGUUAAUAAUGAUUCAAGAUGGCGUCGGGCAAAUGUGCAUUCCUCGAUUUAGCCGCCGUAAAAAACCCUUACGCGAAAUUAACCUGAAGUGAGAUCUCUGUAUGUACUUCCUCUGUGAUAUAGGCCUGAUCGCAGAUUAUGGCGAUCACGACUUUUGAGUGAUGAUAUUUAUAAAUUUUCAUUUACUUCGGGACACUUCGGCACUUCGCGCCAAAUUGUAAUUUACCGUGCGACAUGGCAUGCUGCUUCACAGCCAUUAAAUAUACUAAAAUUUCGGAAAAUAUUUAAUACAUACGAGCCGGGUCGUUGUAGGAUUGCUAUAAGGUCGUUGUAGGUGGUUGCAGCGUCGUUGUAGGUGGUUGUAGCGUCGUUAUAGGUGGUUGUAGCAUCGUUGUAGAUCGUUGUAGCGUCGUUGUAGGCGGUGCAUGGUUGUAGGUGGUUGUAGAUCGUUGUAGCAUCGUUGUAGGUGGUUGUAGGUGGUUGUCGGUCGUUGUAGGUGGUUGUAGGUCGUUCCUUACUUUAGUACCUACGGCGUGAGAAACGCUAAUUGUCCGCCGGCAUGAAAUCCUACUACUGAAUCCAGCCCGUGCCAAUGGCAACAAACCUCGUGAUAUAUUCAAAUAAGCAACUGCUAUAUUGAAUACUACAUCACGUAUCAACUAGAACAGAUCUCGAAAAAUCUGUACCAAGAAAAUUCCGCUAUCAUGAACGAGAGUGUGAGAAGGCAGUCAUUCAAAAAUAUCUGUAAUACAAACAUCGAUAAAUAAAUUUAAUCCCUUUUACCAACUGUCCAUUAAAUGCAAUGGGAAAAACUCUUUUGCCGAAAUUUUUACUUUCAAUAUAUUACUUUAAUUGAGCCCGCAAACAAAUACAUUUUUGUUCGCAUGAGGAUUGAGGAGCCGGUCGAUUUGUCGAAUUCAACACCGGUUUUGUAAAAUAGAACUUUUUAAUUAUUUCAGUUCUUUUUUCUUGGUUUUAUUAACAAGUUUUAUGGCAUCUGCUAUUGAUAAGGUUUGUAACCGAGUUAAAUCAUGAUUUUGCUGUUGUGUUAUAAACAAUCUCGUCAUCGAUGCCAUUGCAACGUGGUUGUGUACAUUACGGUUUAAAUGAAUGUCUAUUCAUCUAUCUUUUACCAAUUCAAUCCUAUUUCCUGCUUUUAGGUGAAAAAGUAUCGCGAUGAACUUACUUCUAAGGUAUAAAUUCAUCCACAAUAUUAAAUUCUUCAGUAGUAUUAAAGGUUUACUUUUCAUAAUCAAGUCCUGAUCAAUGUUAAUAAGCCCUGGGGGAGGGGGGUAUGGCAUAUGUGGGGCAUUUGAUCGUUUUUUGUUUCCCUACCCUCUGGAAUUUGGUUGCAACCAUCUCCCAAAGGUGAGCCCGUGGAUAUUUGAAUUGAGCGACAUCUUGCAUCCCGAGGAGGAGCACAUGUUGAGGACUGGGACAAACGACUUUAAAGCCUUUCACCACAAAUAUGUGUGGAUGCAAUGUUGUUGGGUCUGUUUCCGCAUUUCCGGCCAGACUGCUAAAGGCUUGUCUGAAUGAUAUGAUUACUCGUCUAUGAUUCUUAUUCUGGUGUAUGUUAUCAAAUAAUUGAAAUCAACAUAUGGUAAAGACCAGGGCUGUAUAAGUACUUGAUCAUUACAAUUGUAACACAUUACUGUGUACUCGUUACAUUUGAAGUCAUUUUAACCUGUAAUUAAUUACGUUUUUAGAAAUGUAACGAAAAACGUAAUUAAUUACAAAAGCAAGGAACGUGUUCCUUAUCCAAGGAGCAAAUUGAAAAUUCCUUUUCUUAUUUUGUUAAAAAUAAGAAAUAAAAAAUACAACGUUGUGACAAAAAUUCAGAAAAAUGGCUGAACUAAUUUUCAACGAGAUCACAUGACAUGAUAGCCUACAUGAAGUACUAUUUAUUGCUAAAGUGGAAACCACAAUUGGUUCCGAGGCUGAUCAGAGCACCAAAUAUUGGCAAAUAAAGUUUUAAGUUUACAUGCUUCGAUUUGCAUGUCAAAUGUUUUAAUAUAUUGAAAUAUCAUCUUGAUAAAUUCUUGCAAAUUUCAUAGUUUAAUUAUACCGUUUUUAUUUACAACCACUGUUUAAGAUAUUGUCUUAUAAUAUAUAUAGUAACAAUUUGCCGGUAAAUGAAUUUGUAAUUAAUUCCUUUUUUCUGGAGUAAUUUUUAGAAGAUUUUAAUUACAUUUUAGAAGAAGUAAUUGUAAUCAGGAAUUUAUUACAUUUUAAAGCAAGUAAUUGUAAUUGGAAUUAAUUCCUUUUUCAGUUGUAAUUUUGCAGCCCUGGUAAAGAUGUUUUGCCAUAAACUAUAAAGGGGUUUUGCCACAGAAAAUGUCAAUUUGACUUUCUAGGUGGAUGGGUUUCAACAUUCAAUGUUUUCUGUGGCAACUUGAGUAUGGAUGUAGCUCCUAAAUUAGUGUGGAUUAUAACAAUAGAUCACUUAGGUCUGACAAAUACACUAAUUUGUGUGCUCUGCUUGACAACAGUGCAGUUAGGCUGAAAACAUCCAGACAACAUCAACACACACCAGCUGUAAUACCCAAGUUAUGCCCUUGGGGGGGGGGGGGCAUAUUUUUAUCAUAUUAAUUUCAAUUUGGGGGGUGUUUCAGAUGUUACAUUCCUACUAAUCCUACCAUAAAUAUUCAUAUUGAAAAUAUACUGUAAAACCGAAUGUUCAAUAUUUUGCUUUCACCCGGCCCUGACAAUCUCCGAUCUAAAUGCAAAGCCCAAGUUGGAUUCAAAAAGACAAAUGGAGAAUGAGGGCCUUUAUGAGCUAAAUUCAGGUCAAUACUGCAAUCUCGUUCCCUGAGCCUGCGAUCCUCGGGAACAAACGUGAGGCUCUGGGAUAAUCCGUUUCAGGGAGGAAUCUGAUUGGCCGUUGAUAUGGAAUGCGCAGUUCAAUCUUAUCCAGGAUUCCUGCAUGGUUUCCGGCAACAGAUUAUCCCAGAGCCUUGCGUUCCUUCCCGAGGAUUGCAGGCUCAGGGAACGAGAUUGGUCAACAUUGUAGAUUAGGUUUGAUACUGUAUCAUACAUCUGAACAUUUCAAAACAUUGUACUAAGUGUCUAAAUUGAAAUCUGCAUUAAAUGAAAAAAAUAAGAUGUUUGUUUUACCCUCAAUACAAUUUGGCGCAAUCCUGCAUUCAAUCAGCGGUUAGCUGAUUAAAAUACUUCAGUUGAAGCAAUGUUUGGGAAAAAUAGUGUCUUGUUUGGAAAGGCGUGGAUGCUGCAUCCGUAGUAUUAGUAUUUAAAACUGUUGAAAUCAUCAUCUCUCAAUUUACAUAUUCUGUAUAAAGGUGUUUGUUUGGGUGCCAGUCAUAUAGAGGGCAAAAUUACUCGAAUAUGAUUGGCUAAUGAUGAGGACAUUUUUUCUUAAUUCAGGGCAAAAUUCCUUGACAAAAUGUAUACCUGAUUGGCUGAGACGCAAGCGUGGGAAGUUUCUUGUUUUAAAUAGCAAUAGCUACAAACAAUGGCUUAUCGCUUUGUCGUUGCGGAUAAUGAUGUUAUUGAAGAAUUAAAAACUUCUAGUGAAAACUUGUACACUAGAAAAAGUACAAUUUAUGGGAUGCAGUAUUUAAGAGAUGGGCAGCAUUAAGGAACAUCGGCGAAGACAUGGAGACAUACGAGGUUCAAGAACUUGACAAGUUCACAAUUUACUUACGAAUAAAUUUUGCCCUCUAUGAUUUUAAAACAAGUAAUCGCAUAGUUCCUCGUUAAAUUAAGGUUUAAUUUCACUUGUGUUUUCAAUUCACAAUUGAAAAACACAAGUGAAAUUAAACCUUAAUUUUACUCGCGCGAAUUAAGAUUUUUUCUGGCUUGCAAUUAUUUUCAAAAUUCGUAGGCCAUGCUAGUUUUGACCUACAAAAUCCAAUGUUGACCUUGAAGUUUUUUUCUAAUAUUUCGUCGUAGUGCAAUUUUUUUUAACUGUUUGGUUUUUGUGUUUAUAUAAUUUCAACAGGGUUCGCAGCGGUCUUUGAAAUCCUUGAAAGUCUUUAAAUUUGAAUUCAGGUCUUUAAGGUCUUUGAAAAGUCUUUGAAUUGUGUGAAAAAGCGAAGAAAGUCUUUAAAAGUCUUUGAAUUCUUUAGUGAGGAAUUGAUUAUACGAUUUCCUAGUUAAUAAAAUAGAUUGAUUGAAGCAAGAUUUUUGCAAAUAUCCACACAAAAAGGCGCAUUUUAGGAUGUGAUUUGAUGGGACUAAUUACCUGGUAAAAUUGGUGCUUACACUCGCAAUUUUUCGACAGCUGAUUACUCUCAAAGGUCUUUGAAAAUAGGCAGAAAAAAUCUUUGAAAGUCUUUUGGUCUUGGAGACUACGAACCCUGUUCAAACACUGCAUUAAGAACUACAUCACAGCAUGAUGGCCGUUACAAAAGGCAUGGGCAGAUAGUUCAGUUAACCCGUUGACAAAAAAAAAAUAUAGCCUACAAACAGGUGCUAAAUAAUUCAAAUUUAAGGGUGGAUUUCCCCACACUACUCUGUUGACGUAACCCUCGCGAACUCUGUGAUUCAUGCAAGAUUAUUUUCCCUGGACAUCAUUAUCAUCAAGUAGUAUUUAAAGGUAUUCCAAUUCUAAAUAUUUUUUAAUCAUAAUAUUUUAGACUGAAAAAUUGAUAAAAGAAAUUUUCCCUGCUAAAGUCAUUCAUCUUAAUGAGUUCUUGGUAUGUAUAACUUACAGUAAAUCUUCAAUUACAAUCAAAUGACUGCUAAAUUACAAGGUCCAAAGGCAAAUGAAUACUUUUUUCGCAAAGAGGUUUGAAAACUAUGCCAUUCAGAAAACUAUGUUUUAUGUACUUUAUCUUGAAGACUAACCACAAACAAUGUUUUUCAUUGAAAAGCAUUGUUUGUGGUUAGUCUUCAAGAUAAUUAAUAAAAGUACAUAAAAAAGUUUUCUGAAUGGCAUUUAUCAGUAACCUGAAACUACGAGUAAGAACAACAAGCAGCGCAUUUGCAAUUUACAAACCCAUAAAAUUGUCUCCAACAUUCCUUAGUCCGAUCUCAUCCAAUCCAAUAUAUAGCUACUUUAUUAUACGGUUUAUGAUACCGUGUCUUUGGAAUGUUUGCUAGCCAUAUGGUACCAGCGAAAUGUACGUACACAGAUAGCGAGAGCACCGCGUACUUACAGUAUACAUAUGGUACUUGCUAAAAAUAAACAAGUACCAGACUGUGGUAUUGCCAUAGCUCUGGUACAUAUAUAAAUUAUCGCUUCCUGAAUCAGGCUGCUGAAUUGCGGUACCCAAACAAAGCUUGGCAUCGCUUUAUAUUUGCUGUGUGAGGAUGUUAGUUUGUUCGGAAUCAUAAGCCUUGGUAUUUGUUCAAUAUGCAUGUCCUCACGCUUGUGGUGCACUUGAUUUGCACAUACUCCAGGGCAUUGCAUGCAGUACUAUAAUUAUGUUUGCUUUGUUUUUCGGUUUGCUUCCCAAGCAAAAAUUCGUCUUGUGGGAAACAGGUAUAAAUUAUGAGCUCAAUCUAAUUGCAAUGUUUACGCAUGUCUUACGAAUAUAGCCUAAUGUUUUGAAUAUAUACUGUACCUACUGUAGUAAUCUAGACGUGUAGCUUAGUGUGCUGUUAAUGUUAAAUUGCUCCUCGUUAAAUUGUUCUCAUAUUUUAUGUUUAACAGAAAGAGAAGUUUAACAUAACAGAUCUGAAGAAACUCGAUACGGGUAUUAAUGUACCUGUAGUACAUCCUUUGGUUUUGGCGAAUGAUAUUCAGGUUUUUAUUGAUUGAAUGUUUUUCCAUAUAAGUAUAAUUUUAGUACACACAGUUCGAAUUCUUAUCCGUCGGAUCCAAUCUUUUCUCAGUUUCAAAAUCAAUAUAUUUUGUAACGUUGCUUCAAGUGCAAGGUACUCAGUAACAAUCAAAGGUGUUUAAAAUGUUUUUAUUCAAUUCGAAAUUUGAAAUAGCAACCAAAAACGAGUUUUUCGUUCAUGUUGAUCACUGGCUGUCAACGUAAACCGAUUUAUGAGUUACCCCACUUGUGACGUAAUAUGCAUAUCCUCAAUAAACUAUUAUUACACAUAUAAUUAUUACACAUACCUAUAAUCCUGGGCAGAACAUCUGCGAUACUUCAUAAUAUUAUUGCAAAUUUAGAAAAACCUCCCCCGUAUGUACCCCCACCAUUCAAUGUUGAUUGCAUUCCCAGAAUACGGAUAAAGCAACUGCAAUACGACCAACAUUUUCCGGUUUAACAGUUAAAAAAGACACAGAGGAAUGAUUUUUGACCAGGAUUGUAGUGUAUUCAGACUGAUUCAACAGCAUAAUUGUGUAAUGAAAUAAUUUUAUUUCAGCCUUCGACAAAAAAGAGAAAAAUUGAAGAUGAAGAACCGUUACAUAAAACCGCUGUGCAAAAUGGUGAGAGUCUUAUGAUUAUUUUGUACAGUGUUUUACUACUGUAUGCAAAUAAAAUUAGCGGAAUUUGUAUCGUUGUGUAAAUAAAACCGGUGGAUGUGUGCUGUACCGUCCUGGAUAUAGACUUGCCCACAAGUCGAUCUCGAAUAGCGAGCGGCGAAGCCGCGAGCCGCGAGAUCGAUUUGUCUCGCUUGCAGGAAUUUGGAUCUGAUUAAAAAUUCUGGCGCGAAAAUUAUUGCAGUUAAUUAUUACGCAUGUAAGUUUCACAAAAGUUGUCGAUUUCAGCUCAAUUUGUAAAUAGACUUUCCUUUGACUUUUCGGUCGUAGAUCUCCGCUCGGCUCAAAUUUGAAAACACAGUGAUUUCUAAUGACAAUAACUGUUAAUAGCAUAAGCGAUAUCAAUUUAGAUUAAAAUGCCGUAUAGAUUUACGGUAGAUUUAUACUCCUUUCUAUGACUAUAUUUUCAAGACGAUUUUUCUCCAAAUUCCAUGACACGUUGUGUUUACAAUGCGGCAAAGGCAUGGAAGAUGUAGAUAAGCGACGGCGAUUCUUUCUUGGACAUAAAAAGACGAAUGUUUGCGAAAACAUUGAACUAUUACAGCAAUAAUUGGAAAAGUUCAUUGUAGUGAAACUACGCUAUUAUUAAACAUUCUAACAAAUGUUGUUUGUCGUUCUUGUAGGGCAAGAAUGCCGCUUUAGUUUAGAAAAUUAACUCAGUUAAACAACAGUUCGCCUCUGUUGCCAAUAUUUUUUGCAUCUUCGAGAACUAACCAUAUUUUCUACUUUGAAAUGACUUUGUUUUAUUGUAUAUUUGUAUUAAAUAAGUCAAAAGCCUAAUUACUGUAACGAUAUUUGAAUAAUUAAUUUAAAUAAUUUAAAUAUGCGUUUUUUAUUGGCUAGAAUGAUGACACACCCUCAAUCACACCUCGGUAAAAAUAUCCACCGGUAGAUUUGGCGCGCUGCAAGGGUGAAAAGUCCUUUCCAGCGUACUUACGAACCGAGAAAAAAAAACUGGAAUGGACUUUGGGAAAGUCUAUCCUGGAUACUGUUCUGUCAAUUGCCUUAAUUAUCACUGUACUGCCUACUUUGUAGUAAUAAUAAUACAGUUAAUGUUUUUGGCAUAAAUAAAACUCACUUUAUCGCUGAUAUGUUCAUAUACAUUUGGGCUUAAAUAACUAAGCUUGAUGCUUGUGAUGUUACUCUGAGUGUAUAUCUACACCGGGCAAGCUUGAAAAAUAUGCCUGGCCACGAUAUAUUCCUGGCUAAAAAGAAGAUUUAACUGGAUCCUAUUACCACAGUAUGAAAAUAAAGAAACUGUGCUGAUUUUCUAAGUUUUAAUUUCAUUAAUUAUAUAUGUUCUUGUAGGUCCACUCAAAGCAAUUCCUUUAAACGAGGUAGGUCGCUGCAAUGUUCACAUCCUUGUAAUCUAUUUUAUAAAUAGUUGGCUACUGAGCGUAAAAAAAAUCCAAAUCCAUCACAUAUCACAUCACAUCACAUCAAAAAGUAAUCUAUAUUCAGUAUAUUGUGUAUCUACACUGAACGAGCAGGGGUGUAGUAGAGGGCGAUAGGGCAAGGCUCAGCCUUGCUAUAAUUUAAUUUGGGGGAUGAUUCCCCAAUAUUACCUCAAAACUAUAGUGUUUAAAUGAAACGAUAAUGUGUUCUUAAUAUAUUAGAGACAUAAUAGCUUAGCCCUACUUGCAGUCCCAUGCAGGAUAUCGACAUAAACGAUGUGAAAAUAACUUUGCUAAAUUUUUAGUUAAAUCGUUCUUUAGAAACACUAAUUGAAGAAUUGCUAGAACCAAAAAUAGAUACUGAAACUUUCCAUGUUUAUCAUGUUGACCCUUCACCCUGCUCAUCAUCGCAAAAUGUUAUCGUUUUGUUUUACCUACAAAUAAAGAAAGCUGGAAAAAAUCCAACCAUUAAGUUUUCGGGUUAGAGGUGUGACGGAUUGAGAUUUACACUCACCUGAUUCGAGCUCGAGAUGCCAACAAAAGCUUGAUAUUUGCACAUACCCUACACGUGGCAGUUCCCUAGUAUAUAUACAUGAACUUGUGGUCAGAGCUCGACAACUGGCCUCUGUAGCUCAGUUACGUUGGUUAGAGCACUGCACCGGAAUCCCAGGGCCGCAGGUUCGAUUCCUGUCAGGGACCUAAAGUUGAAUUUUUCGCUUCUGUUCCUGGUUAGGUCUAAUAAAUGUAUAUAAAUUUCCACUCGAUAAUUUCCAUCUACAGUACCCUUCAACUAAUAUUAAAUCGAGUGAGAUGCCAAAAAAAUCUUGAUAUUUUAUUAACAACAGCUAUUCAUAACAAAAGGGAGUAUAAAAGACUUACAAAAAAGUAAGUAAAACAUCUUUGGAAAAAAGCACUUGAAGCAAAGUUUUUUUAGCAAAACGACGACGAAAAAUCUGUCAGUGCUCACAUUAAGAUCAUUUUCAUUAGAAUUAUGUGUAGGUUCUUAAUAGCCAAUUUCAAACGAAAGGGCAUCAGCAUUGUAUAGUAAAAACAUUGUUCUGCUGCUGUACUAUAUUCUUUAUUCUUCAGCCUCUUGUGGAUCUUAUUGAAUCAUUAAAACCAGAAAUUCAAGAUUUGAUGGAAAACUGUAAUUCGGUAAGCAAAACAUAAUAUAGAAAUUACGUUUAGUGUCUGCAUGGUUGGCGGCGUAUCAGAUUGAAUUCCUCUACUAGGGGUAUGAUGUACACUAUACGAACCUAAAGUGCACCUAGCCCCAAUUUUUCUAACAUCUCAUUCCUAUAAGAACCUUUGAAAUGAUAUUGUAACUUCUUUUGAAGAUAUUCGUUUGCACACUUUGUCUCUGUUAUUUCAGUUUCAUUGAUAUGCAAAUGUCCGGAAUUUACGUCACAUAUGAAUCAUGCUUGUCAGAUGUUGGGAUCCUAGGUAGCGGUGCUACCUGCAAGUGCCUGAAGCUAACUUAUCCUUGGUCAGAAGGUUUUAUGCAUGCAUGCUUAAGUAAAGUAGAAAAUUUCAAUUUUUUUGAAUACAUUUUGCAACAUUUACCGACCAUGCAGUUUUAAUAAGAGUCGUACUCAACACGUAAAUUCAUCAAAUGAUGCCAUCAAAAACUUAAAAUUUCCUGUUCUGUGGCUGAAUUUUAUUUAUCAUCCGAUCAAUCUUGUCGGUUUGAUAUAUUAAAAUUUUCGAGCAAUUGGGUUUGAGCAAAUUAGCGGACAUUCAAUUUUGACAAUAUGAAAAUUUCUUCGGUGCUUGGUCGCAAUUUGCAAGAUUGAAGAUUCAAGUGAAACGGGCGAGUUUGGACCACUCAGGGCUAACUGCAAAUUUUCUUUGGCUACCUGCAAAAAACUAAACAUAUAGAAUGUAAGGUACUGUUAAAUAUCAUGAAAUAAAAAGGCUGAAUGGUGUUUUACACAGGUAUGUAAUCCUCCCACAACUCCAAACUUCAUUUUAAUGAAUUAAACUCGAUAGUGAAUAAGAUAUACAAGCUUUUACUUUAAAUCAUUGUGCAUUUGUGACGUAAGUUCCGGAUAUUUGCAUACCAAACAAACUGAAAUAUGAGCAAACGAUAAUCUUCAAAUUAAAUUAUUACUCCGCCUGCUCAUGCGCAGUGCGGAGUCUAAAAAUGCCUGAGUCUGUUGUCGGUUGUCGACUGUCGUGUGGUGUCACAAACAGGCUCCUUGAUAAAUGUGUACAUUCCAUGAUAUUUAGAUACUUUCUAUUGACAUUUGUGGAUAAUGUCAUACGAUUUGGCAGCGCAAUGCGCAUGCUUACAGCUCUGCUUACAGUAUUUUUCUAAACUGCGAACUGCGAAACGGUCUUGUGCGAUGAAAAAUACUAAACGAUGAAAAAUACUAAAAAGAUGAAUGUCAAGACAAAGCUUCCAGACUCAACUGAGGUAAGGGAUACUAAACAUUCUAAUUUUGGUAGUACAUGCUGCAUUUUGGCAACAAGAAAUUCUUUAAAGUCAUAAAUAUAAAUAAAAAUAUUCACUCCUACUGUAUGUCGUAUUAAAUGUCGAUCUUAUAUUCUUGACUAGCAAAAUAUAUUCUUGUGUGAAAGGUCCCUACAAUGUUCUGAAGAGUUUAGGCUAUUUAGUGUUGAGGCUAUCGGGUUAUUAAAUAUAUUUCAAUGUUUUGAAGAGUUUAGGAAAUGUAGUAUUGAAGCUGUCGUGUUUAUAAUUUACUAUACAUGUUUAGUACGCAACUACCGGAAACGGCAGCCAUGUGGUAGUAUUAAGACAAAGAAUCUCAUUAUGUUUUACUGAAUUUCGCACAUUCUUUUAAUUCUCAAGGGAUUGGUUGCAAGACAAGAAUAUAAUCUAUGAUAUAUAGUCAUGUUAACAAAUAAUAGAAACGUCAGCUUCUUGAACUCACAGCCAGCUUGGGUUUGCUUGCUUUGCUCUUUCUACUGCCCUUGUGUGUUAUGCGUGAGUCAAUUCCUGGAGUAACCAUCCCCCCCGGGGACACCCCCGGGAAUUUGCCCGAUAGACAGUUCACGGGGGUCGGGAAUUUACCUUUCAUGUAUGUGCACGGGGGCCGGGUAUUGGAGGACCCCGGGGAUUUGACAAAUGGUUGACCAAAAUCCCACCCACAAAUUUUAAGGCAGCAAAACCUAGUUUCAGGCACGCAUGUGGGCGCGCUGAUCGUAUUUUGCGCCCUCGUGGUCAAGGUGGCGUGAAAUUUAUUGUAAGAAUAAGCGAAAAUUAUACCCUGUGCCAUGCAAAUUUAAAUACAACUAUUAAAGGUUUAUGUUUUAUAAUAUUCCAUAGCAGUUUAAUACUAUAAUGUUAUUAAAUGACUAUGAUUAUAGGCCAUUAAAAGUUUAAUUAACGUUUACAGUCGAUUUCACGAAACUUUGACCACAAAUUUUCCGAACUUCGUUGCGAAGUUCACAAGAUUGUUGCGAAGUUCAAAAGUUCAUAAUGAGAUUCACAAACCAGUUCGUAAACUACGCAUUUGAUUGGCUUCUUUUACUUCACGGACCAAUCAGGGACUUUGUUUACAAAUUGGCUUGUGAAUUCCAAAUUGGCUUGUGAAUUCCAACGAACUUCGCAACGAAGUUCGGAACAUUUGUGGUCAAAGUUUCGUGAAAUCGACUGUAAAAUCGUCGCCGGGGUGGGGCAUUUUCCACUCUCAGCUUGCCCAGGGGCCGUGCAUUAGUCUUCAAAUUGUGUCCCGGCACCCGGGCAUUUACACUAUCAUGACCAAUCAAAUCAAAGGCCCGGGUGUGUUCUCCGGGGGGGGGAUGGUUACUCCUGGAAUAGACUCAUGCAUUAAUAGAUUAUGUGUUGUGUAAUGUAUUUAAUUCAACCCUACUAGGACUCUGGGCAGAAUACCUACCAAGCCACUCAAACAUGCUUUUUGGGCCUCUAUUAUUACAAUGAUGGGCCAAACAGAAUUGGUGUGUCAGAAUUAAUAUCCUAUUUCUGUCUCUUAUAGGUUAUGGCACUUUCUUAUGAAAAUUCAAAGAAAAGUAAAUGCCAUUGCUCCUUUGAAUGCCAAGUUAACUUUGAAUGCCAUGAAUGCCAACUUAACCUUGAAUGCCAUGAAUGCCAACUUAUCUUUGAAUGCUAUGAAGACCAACUUGUCUUUGAAUGCUUAUAUUUGGCUUCACUUUUCCGUCGCACCCUACAUUGUCCCCAUUUUCUCCGCAGGCUGGCAGGCGGAGUGAACGCCUGAGUAGGCGUCUUGUUAUAUAUAAUUUCAGAAGUUCUUAAGAAUGAGAUGAUAAAAUAAUUGAGGUUAGGUGCACUCUAAGCAAUGUUUAACCUAUGAGACAAAAGCAGUCAAAACUGAAGUGACCUCUUCAUGCAUUUUCUUUCUCAAAUAUAGGUUAAAACGUGGAUUCAACUGCUCAUCCCGCGAAUUGAAGAUGGAAACAAUUUUGGAGUUUCAAUUCAAGUAAUUUCCUAUCUCUAA